CCUGCCGCGGCUGCCCCGCGGCUCUUGCGGGCCGCAGCUCCUGUGCCCCGUUCCCGUGCCCGCCUCGGGGGGCUGCGGGCGCUGUGCUGGCCGCACUCCCCGGACCUUGGCGCUGCCGAACCUCUCCAAGGAACCUGCACAUACAGCUCGCAGAAUGAGAGAAAACUGUCCUGCGCAAACCCAGACGGAAAGAGCGUGUUGGGGCGCAGCCAGCGGAGUCGGUGGCUCACCUGGUGCCGAGAACUCUCCACAGCACUGCGAGAUCGCUCCAUGGUUCCUGGGAUCGCACAGCCCUUGGGUCUGGCUGCGGCACAACGGAGCCGAGAGCCCGUCCCGACAGAGCCGAGAGCCCGUCCCGACAGAGCCGAGGGCCCGUCCCGACAGAGCCGAGAGCCCGUCCCGACAGAGCCGAGGGCCCGUCCCGACAGAGCCGAGGGCCCGUCCCGACAGAGCCGAGGGCCCGUCCCGACAGAGCCGAGGGCCCGUCCCGACAGAGCCGAGGGCCCGUCCCGACAGAGCCGAGGGCCCGUCCCGACGGAGGGCUGGCCAGUUACAACCGUUGGCUAGUCAGAAACCUCAGCACACAAGAUGACACAGCUGAAGAGCGUCAAAAACGGGAACCGAAACCAAACCCCGGUGAAGCACCGCAUCCAGAGAGCUGAGCCCCGCCAGCAGCGUGUCACGGGC